UGCAUAUCUGUUGCAGUUUCAUUUGUGAAAUGAAACUAAAAAAGUAGAGUGGGCCCGACAUUGGGCGAACACGGAAGCCAAUCGUGACGCUUUGAAUUUCAAUUUUGAAGUUUAGAAAGGAAGAAUGCACAUUUUUUGGCACUUCCUAAAUCCCAGUCUGUCUUUCCCCUUCUCUCUGUGUCACCUGAUUCUCCUUUCAACAACAGAAAUUCUCGGAAACAGGGGGCGAGAAGGUGGAAAAGCAGCAACUGAACGCGCAUGAACCAAUAAAGGUUUGUUGUUAAAGGGAGAACCGUCUGAAUUCCAUUACAAGGACACGAAAACAAUGCCGUCUCAGAUCCUUCCGAUGUCGAACCGUUCCUUAGAUUCGUCGUUUUCUUCAGCUGCAAUGAUGUUCAAAGCCAAAGAUGACGAUAACAACCCCUCCACGAGUCUCUUGCUCUCUUCAUCUUCCUUGGAAGGCACCAACUAUAUUAAGCCCAUCUUGUCAAGGGCUUCAAGCUUCACCUCACCAACACACAACAACAACAACAACAACAACACAAUGCCUGUGGGUGCUCCUUAUGCUUACCAAAAGAGGCGCAGACGUGCUUCCAGUGAAGACUCCUUGCCCUCCUUGCACUGUGAUACUGCUCCCAUUAAUGCAUCUUCCUUUGGACGUGAUGUUAGGCAUGUUGCUUCUGAAACCUUUCUCUUGACCCGCCUCUUUUUGAAGAUGUUGACAUACCUCGGGUUAGGGUAUAAAUGGAUAACAAGAUUUCUUGCCCUUGGUUGUUAUGCAAUACUGCUUUUACCAGGCUUUAUUCAAGUUGGAUAUUAUUAUUUCUUCUCCAGUCAGAUACGCAGAAGCAUAGUUUAUGGAGAUAAACCGCGAAAUAGGCUUGACUUGUAUUUGCCUAAAAAUAACAAUGGUCCAAAACCCGUUGUUGCUUUUAUUACUGGUGGAGCCUGGGUUAUUGGUUACAAAGCAUGGGGUUCUCUGUUAGGUCAACAGUUAGCAGAUAGAGAUAUCAUUGUGGCAUGCAUAGAUUACAGAAAUUUUCCUCAGGGAACCAUCAGCGAUAUGGUAACUGAUGCUUCUGAAGGUAUCUCAUUCGUGUGCAACAAUAUUGCCGAAUAUGGAGGUGACCCUAAUAGAAUUUACCUGAUGGGGCAGUCAGCUGGGGCACAUAUUGCUGCAUGUGUAAUUGUGGAGCAGGCUAUCAAAGAGGCUGGUGAAGGAGAGAGUACUUCUUGGAGUCUUUCCCAGAUUAAGGCUUAUUUUGGUUUAUCUGGAGGGUAUAAUUUGUUAAACCUUAUAGAUCACUUCCAUCGUAGAGGUCUAUAUCGCUCUCUCGUUUUAAGCAUAAUGGAAGGGGAGGAAUCCCUGCGACGGUUUUCUCCAGAAGUAAUGAUUCAAGAUCCAAAUAUUGGAAAUGCUGCUUCUCUACUACCUUCUGUGGUUCUGUAUCAUGGCACUGCAGAUCAGUCCAUACCAUCAGAUGCGAGUAAAUCAUUUGCUGAAACUCUUAAAAGUGUUGGAGUCAGAGCUGAAUCAAUUUUGUAUGAAGGGAAGAGUCACACUGAUGUGUUUCUACAGGAUCCCAUGAGAGGUGGCAAAGAUGACUUGUUUGAAGAUAUAGUAGCAUAUAUCCACACUGGCGAUGCUGAAGCCUGUGCCAGAGAUGCAGUGGCUCCUCCAAGGAGACGCCUUGUACCUGAAUGUAUGUUACUGAUGGCUCGUAGUAUCAGUCCUUUCUAGCCUGCAAGCAAAAUCAAUCAACUUUUUUAAGACUAUUUAAUUAUUUUACUUUGUAUAUUUUAAAUUGGAAUUUGAGGAUUUAAUAUAUUUGGCUCAUAGCAUUCCGUCCAUUCUUGCCUACAAGCAAAAUCAAUUAACAUUUUAGUGAUUUUAUUAUUUUACAUUGUACACAACCUUUUAUUCUGGUAAUUGAAAUGAAGUAGAAGUUAAGC